AUGGCUGAAGUGGUUGCCGCCAGCGCCCCUCUGCUCCUGCCGUCCACCAUGAGCGCGACCUUCCCGGUCCAGGAGGACGCCGGCGCUUCUGCUGUCCCUCCUCCGUCCUCCCAAAGCAGCGAGGACUACCUGUUUGUGGAGACCAAGCACCCCAACACAGUCCUGCAGGGCCUGAACGGCCUGCGGCUCAACAAUGCAUUCUGUGAUGUGACUCUGUGCUGUGGAGGACAGGAGUUCCCCUGUCAUCGCAUUGUGUUGGCGUCUUUUAGCUCCUAUUUCCAGGCAAUGUUUACAGCUGAAAUGCUGGAGUCCAAACAGGAGCGUGUUGCCAUAAAUGGUGUUGAGCCUCAGAUGAUUGGCAUGCUGGUGAGCUACGCCUACACAUCAGAGGUGUACAUCUCUAAAGCAAACGUCCAGGCGCUGCUGGCAGCAGCCAAUCUGCUGGACGUGAUGGCGGUUCGAGAGGCUUGUUGUCGCUUUAUGGAGCGUCAGAUGGAUGAGAUGAACUGUGUGGGUAUUCACUGUUUUGCCGAGGCCCACUCCUGUAAAAUGCUGGAGAAACGCAGCAUGGAGUACAUCCUGGAGCACUUCAGCAGUGUUUGUCAACAGGAGGAGUUUUUGUCUCUGUGCGUGGACAAACUGACAGAAAUCAUCGCCAGUGACCUUCUCAACGUGCCUAAAGAGGAGAUGGUGUUUGAGGCCGUCAUGUUGUGGUUGAAUAAAUGCCCCACUCGCAAGCAGAGCUUUGAAAAGGUGCUCGAGCACAUCCGCCUGUCUCUCAUCAGCCCAUACUACCUUCAUGAUGUCAUCGAGUCUUUGGAUGUGGUGAAGGAGAGUCAGGGCUGCCAGAAGCUCAUCUCUGAGGCCAAGGACUACCUGCUGCUGAAAGACCGCCGUGCAGAGCUCUACAGUCCCCGGGUCAGACCUCGCAGGUCCACAGGGACAGCUGAAGUGAUCGUGACGGUUGGCGGGGAGGACGACAAGGUGGUGCUGCGCAGCGUGGAGAGCUUCGACCCAGUGACCAACCAGUGGAAGAAUCUGGCGUGUCUGCCCUUCGCUGUGAGCAAACAUGGGCUGGUUGUCUCAGAUUCGACUCUGUACUUGGCAGGAGGAGAGUUUCCUGACGGUUCGGCGAGCAGAGAGAUGUGGCGCUACGACCCCUGCUUCGACUCCUGGAUGGAGAUGGCUCCCAUGAAUGUAGCUCGCUCCGAGUUGGGCCUGGUGAUGUUGGAUGGUUUUGUGUACGCUGUGGGAGGAUGGGAGGGGCGGUCGCGUCUCGACUCUGUAGAGUGCUACAACCCCCACACCAACUCCUGGCAGUUCACAGAGUCCGUUAAAAUGGCCGUCACGAGUCCUGCGGUGGUGGCACUGGACGGUCUGCUCUACGUUACAGGCGGUGCUGUUCUAGAGGACGGUGACGGCACAAACCUGGCACAGGUUUACAAUCCAAAAACCACUACGUGGACAGAGAUCGCCCCCAUGCAGAUCGCUCGCUCUGGUUCAGCCGCUUGUACACUCAAAGGAAAGCUCUACGUUAUUGGUGGAUGGCACGCCUCGACUGAGAACACUGAUAAAGUGGAGUGUUACAAUCCCAAGACGAACCAGUGGACCAUGUGCGCCGCCAUGAAGGAACGGCGCUACCGGCCUGGUGCUGCUGUAGUAGAUGGAAAAAUCUAUGUGUUGGGAGGAGAGGAGGGUUGGGACAGAUAUCAUGACACUAUAGAGCGGUACUGUGAAGAGACGGACAGAUGGGAGAUUGUCGGGGAGAUGCCCACAAGUCGCAGCUGGCUCAGCUGUGUGUCUCUCCAGCUGAGGAAGGACAUCCUCAUUACCAUUUGUCCUGAUACUCUAAACAGUUGAAGCGUAAGGAGAGGAAAGUCUUUUGUGGUUAUUUGCACUUUUCUCAGUAACGAUGUGCUACUAGGCUCAGAGUUGGGAGACAGGGCAGCCUUGUUUGCUCAGAGCUGUUUGAGCUAUUGCUGGGAUCCAAAAGUCGUCGACUGUAGUCUGCGACGCCUCGUGGAACAAGUUUUGGUCACUUGAGUUUCUCGUUUUGAAGUGGCGGUUGAGAAGUUGCUACCGUCUCAAGUUCCUGUGACCCUCCGCAAUCUGAACUCUCCC